AUGUAUGACGAAACCGUGAAUGUGGUAGAUGCUAAAGAAAUAGACAGUCCUUCGAGCGAAGAGGAAGUGGUUAAAGCGACCAUGUCGAAGUUUAACCCACCAGUGAGGCAUACGGCGCGACACGACUUCGACGACACGGACACUGAGACGGAGUCGGAACCAGAAAAGUUUUUGGACAAUGGUUCUGGAGAAGACCAGUUCGACAGUAAAUCACAAACAUCCGAAAAGUCGCCGGAGGAGGUGCAAAAACCUGUUCCUAAGGUGAGCAGUGGCAGGAAGCCGGUAAGAAAGAGAGCUGAGUCCUCGCAUUCAGACACAGAUUCGUUAGAUCUAGAACCUGAGCGUCCAGAACCAGUUCUGGGCAGUGGUCGCAAGCGUGCCGGGGUGGUGAUCCCGGCCGAAGGAGCGUAUGAUCCGAAAUUGUUCCAGGACCUGAAAGUGCCCGCCGACAUGGAGAACAUCUUCCAGUAUAUUAUGAAGUAUACUCCACAAAAGAUUGACAUCGACUUCAAGUUGCAGCCUUUUGUCCAAGAGUACGUCCCAGCGGUGGGAGAUAUUGACGCGUUCAUUAAAGUGACAACCCCGCCUUGCAAUGUCCGGUCGGCACCACUUACAGACCACGUGUUGGAGCACAUUGAUAACUUGGGUUUAACAGUAUUGGAUGAGCCGGCGGCUGAACAGAGCGACUCAGCGUUACUGCACCUGCAACUGAGAGCUAUCUCAAAAACGAGCAGCGCUAAAGGAACUGUGUUAACUAAGAAGAUAGAGAACGCGGAGAAGAACUCUAAAGCCAUCGAGAGAUGGAUAAAAGACGUCAGCGAACUGCAUCUGUCCAAGCCUGCGCCUACCGUCGCAUAUAACCACAAAAUGCCAGACAUAGACACUUUGAUGGAGGAAUGGCCCGAGCCUAUGGAGGAAACGCUGAAUGAGAUGGGCUUCCCUCCCGCAGCGCUGGACUGCUCCCUUUCUCAGUAUGUGGACCUCGUGUGCGGUAUAUUCGACAUUCCCGUGGGGGGAGACACGCUGAACGAAAGGAUACAAGCCUUGCAUUUGUUAUUUAGUCUGUAUUCAGCAGUGAAAAACUCGCAGUUGUACGCAGAGAGGGAAAAGGAAACUAGUGAUAGUAACGUUUGA